AUGAGAGUCACAGCCGACAAAAAUGCCAUUUUCCACAAAUUUUUAGUGUACUAUACCGUAUGGGCUGCAUGUCGAGCUGUCAUCUUCGGAUGCAUCGUAAUUGCUGUUGGAUUGGCGAUGACGGUGCUAGGAUAUUUCGACAAACAGUUUUCUGAGAGAAUCGAAGUUGUCGAUGGCGCAGUCAACGUCUACCAUGACCGUGUCGUACAGUACCAAUUGAAAAGCAUGCAGUACCUGGGACCUAUCCUCAUGGGAAUUGGCUCGUUCAUCCUUAUCAUCGCUUGUGUUGUUACCUUGGAGAGUAGAGACAAACAUGCUCAGGUCAUCACGGAGGAGUCGAUGUCUUACAAAAGGAGACGUCUGAUUUCAAUUGAGGAAAGAGCCGAGUUGUCGCAGAAUGAGGUUGCGCCGGGAGAGGAAAGUCCUGUAGCUCUCGAUGAAUCUGACCAUCAGGCUACACUCAAUCAGUUCAGUAUAAGCACACUAGCUGAGGUUCAUCGUCCUCGAUCCUCGGCCCAUAUAGCUCCACUGGCAGAUAUCGACUCAUUAGAUCUGCAUUCGUGUUCCAGUCAAGUGACAACGGAUCGAGAAACAACAGUAAAUUCAGAAGCGAAAGAUGCUCCGAGCUCUUCCUGA